AUGUUAGCAGUUGCAUCACUGAAACGUUCACUCGAAUUCGAUCCAGUUGAACAAGGAGUGAAACGUAAACGAGCCGAAAUAAAACUAUCGCCAACAACAUUUACAGUAAACAAUACUUCCUCAUCUCCAUCAAAACAACAAUCUAUAUUUACGAAAUCAAUAUCGAAUAAAAAAUCAUCAUUAAAAUCAUGUUCACUUACUGCUUUAACGUCGUCAACAGAUGAUACUCCAAUGUUUACCUACACUCAAACUGCUCAAAUGUGUGCUCGUUUAUUACGCGAACAAGAUAAAUUAGUACGUGAACAGUAUGAACAAUUAUUAGCAACAAAACUCAACGAACAAUAUGAACAGUUCGUAAGAUAUUCACAUGAUAGUGUUCAUAAAAAUCCAUCUCAACAAAAACUUUAUCAUUUUGGCCAACAACAAGAAACAGAGAAUACAUCGAUCACUUCUUUUUCAUAUGUUUCUUAA